GUAACUGAUGCAGACUGCUGACUUUGUUGUGUAAAUGGAGGGACAGGAGCAGGUCCCCUUUCCUGUGUCUUCUUGUCUGACGUUUCAACUGUAACACUCAGCUUCUCCAUAAAGCAGUCAUGGAAAGCCUGCUUUGCCCCAGAGACUGCCCGUCCGCAGUGACUGAGCGGCGCAGUGCAGUUUAAGAACAUUAUCCCCUUUUAAUCCACUUCGCCUUCUGCUGCAUACAGGUGGACAGACGCUCAAUGGAGCAGGCAGACACAGUCACACGCCCGCCUCCAUAUUUAAUUGCUUUUUUAUUUUGGAAACUGAACAGAUUCUCGCAUUGAACAUUGAUGCUGGAUUUCAUCUGUUGUUUUUAAGUAGCCUAUCCUUAAUUGUACUGAUUAUAGUUAGCAGUGAGUCUUUCAGGCAGAAAUGGAGGACCCCGAUAUGAGACAACAGAAGCUUGACAAUCAGCGAACCCUUUUGAUGAAAAAGCAACAAAAGAAGAGGGCUGAUUCCCAAAUGGUAGUAGCCAAUCGGGAUGCUCGCCAAAGGAGUCGAAAGCACAAAGCCGCCCGCUCUGAUGAAACACCUCUGUUGAUCCACCAAUCCCUCAGCAACGCUUCCCUGAGUGAUCAAGUUGAACAUGCCCAUGAUAACCCACUGGAUGAGAUCACAUUAGGGGAAUGUGACAUGAAAGCAAGCACGACAUUUGAUGAGAUGCCUUCAGAGAAUCAUGUUACUCCCAAGAAAAUGAGCUUGGACAUUCAGAAAGAGCCUGAGGUAAACUGGGAGGUGGAGAAUGAUGGUCAGGCGGAGGGAAAAAAGACAAAGAAGAAAGAAGGGAAAAAAGAUAAAGCCAAACAGACGGAACAGAACGAUGAAAAGGAAAAGGAGAAAAAGGAGAAAAAAACUAAGAAGAAAGAAAAAGUGAAAGAAUCUGAUGACCAACAGAAGACAAACAAGACAACCAAACAAGAGCGGAAAAAGAAUCACUUGCAGGAGGUUUCAUCCCAGGAGUUUCAACUCCCUACAACCGAGGGGACAGAGUCAGUGGUGGAGGUGGAAAGUCCAAAGAAGAACAAACGUGACGAAAGCGACAAUGAAGAAGGGACCCAGAGGCCUGUCCUUCAAUCGCCUAAGAAGAAAAAACAACUCGACACAUCCAGGUGCCAAAUAAGUGAAGAGAGCAAAGAAGAUGAACCCCAGGAAAAGGUGAAAAAGGAAAAGAAGACAAAGAAAGCCGAAAAAACUAAGCAGAGUCUUGCUUCCCUCAACACCAACUACAGGGAGAGUUCAUCUUCAGGCAGUGAAUCUAAUGAAAGACCGACAUCUUCAAUGUCAGUGGAGGAUCUUGAGAAGUUUGCUUUGCGUCCAGCCCCCAGAGAUGUGACGAUCCAGUGUAGGGUCACCAGGGACAGGAGGGGCAUGGAAAAGGGCAUGUACCCGACGUACUACCUCCACAUGGAGAAGACGGAUGGCAAAAAUGUUUUCCUAAUGGCAGGCAGAAAAAGGAAGAAGUGCAAAACAUCGAACUAUCUCAUCUCAACUGACCCGACAAAUCUGUCCAGAGAGACAAACUGCUACAUAGGGAAACUAAGGUCCAAUGUCCUGGGUACAAAGUUCACAGUCUAUGAUGGAGGUGAAAACCCUGAGAAAAAGCCGUUCAUCAAAGAGUGUGAAUCAGUGCGGCAAGAGCUGGCAGCAAUUUGUUAUGAGACUAAUGUGCUGGGAUUCAAGGGUCCUAGGAAAAUGACAGUGGUCAUCCCUGGCAUGUUGGAGAACGAUGAAAGAGUGUCCAUUCGUCCCAAAAAUGAAUCUGAGACUCUAUUGGUCCGCCAUGCGAACAGCCACACAGACAAACUCGUCACACUGCUGAACAAAUCCCCAAGCUGGAACGAACAGACUCAGUCAUAUGUGCUUAACUUCCACGGUCGUGUCACCCAGGCCUCCGUCAAAAACUUCCAGAUCAUCCACCCUGACAACGAGGAUUACAUAGUGAUGCAGUUUGGACGUGUGGCAGAGGAUGUCUUCUCCAUGGAUUACAGUUUCCCCUUGUGUGCACUGCAAGCCUUUGCCAUCACCCUGUCCUCAUUUGAUGGUAAACUGGCUUGUGAGUGAGCCACGCUGGUGUGCCUCAAGUGCUUAUCCAGAUCACUGAUCUAAAUAGAAACUUACAAUUGAAGUCAAAACUAUACCCAUAAUUUUACACAGGGUCAUUUUUCAUAUUUUGUAUCCUGGUGCAUUGUAACACUUUGUAUACACUAAAUAUGGAAAAUACAUGCCAUAGACCUAGACUUC